GAGGAGAGGCUGCUGUCUGAGGGGUCUCUCCUCUCUUUCCCCCUCGUUUCGCAUCGGACACUGGGGCUGGAGGGGAGGUUGCCUUCCUCCCUCUUUCAGAAAGCGGGACAGAGGGUUUGGGGAGAGGAGGAGAGGGCUGCUCUCUGGCUCUGGACGCCAAGGCAAGGAAGGAGAGCCCCCCAGAGCAGAGGGCCUCCCAGGGACACCGGCGGCGGCGGCGGCGGCGGCGGCGGGGAUUGAGGGGCGCCAGCAGGAAGCCCUCCUGACCCACGACGGUUAAAAAAAAGAGUAAGACCUGAUAAUACUACAAUACAGAUCAUAUUGGUUUCUGGAAGUGAAAAUGGAAGCAUUUCAUUUCAGGAUGGUCUUGGCACUGCUAGUAACUGGAUCUGUUAUCAGUGAUCAAGCAGACAGACACAAUUCAAACCUGACUGACUUUGGAAAAGAUAUCACUGGAAUAAGCAAAGUCUACGCUACCAGCCCACCGAACUUAACAGCAUGCUUACAUAGUGCUAGAACUGAUGCGACUUUCAAAUACAUCAAUACUGUAAUAUCCUGUGCAGUCUUCAUCAUUGGGAUUGUUGGAAAUGUAACUCUGCUACGGAUUAUUUAUCAGAACAAGUGUAUGAGGAAUGGCCCCAAUACACUGAUAGCCAGCCUGGCAAUGGGAGACCUCAUCUAUAUCAUUAUAGAUAUUCCCAUCAAUGUGUAUAAGCUUCAUGCUCAGUGGCCCUUUGGGAUGUCUCCUAUGGGGAAGUUCCUUUGCAGAUGCUUUCCUUUUAUCCAGAAGGCAUCUGUGGGAAUCACUGUCCUUAAUCUCUGUGCUCUCAGUGUGGACAGAUACCGUGCAGUAGCUUCCUGGAGUCGUGUUCAGGGAAUUGGAAUCCCCUUGAUCACUGCUAUAGAAAUUAUCACCAUUUGGAUUCUUUCCUUUAUCCUGGCCAUCCCAGAAGCAAUUGGCUUUACUAUGGUAAAAUUUCAUCACAUGGGAAAGGACUAUAAUACCUGCAUGAUGGUAGCUAAUAGUCCAUUUUUGAAAUUUUAUGUCAGUGUAAAGGACUGGUGGCUCUUUGGCUUCUAUUUCAUUAUGCCACUUCUGUGCACAGCAUUCUUUUACACCCUGAUGACCUGUGAAAUGUUAAACAGGAGGAAGAGUAAUUUGAGGAUAGCUCUCAGUGAACAUCUUAAGCAGCGACGAGAAGUUGCAAAGACAGUUUUCUGCUUAGUUGUGAUUUUUACCCUCUGCUGGAUUCCUCUCCAUUUGAGCCGGAUUUUGAAGUUAACAUUAUAUGAUCCACAUGACCCCAACAGAUGUGAAUUACUCAGCUUUUUGUUGACACUGGAUUAUAUCGGCUUGAAUCUAGCCACCAUAAAUUCCUGCAUAAAUCCUAUAGCCCUCUAUUUUGUGAGCAAGAAGUUCAAAAACUGCUUCCAGUCAUGCUUCUGGUGUAUCUGCUACCAGACAGGAAGCCAGGCAUCAUCUGUUCCUAUGAAUGGAACAAGCAUCCAGUGGAAAAACAAUGAACUCAACAAUCACAACACAGAACGAAGUAUCCACAAGGACAGCUUAAACUGAUUCAACAAAAACUGCACUUCAGUGUUCAUGAAGGGAAAGGACACAUGAAGCCUAUCCAGUAUUCAAUGAACCUCUUUCAUUUGGAAGUUCUGUGCCCUAGCACUUAAUUUCAAGGAUCAGAUUGACUGAGUGUACAUACAUGAAGCUCCACAAAGAUUUCCACAUGAUGGCAUGGAAGUUUUCUUUUGCUACAAUAUAGUUUGCCUUCUGGCAAAAACAAAAAGAACCAGCAAAUGAGUCUGCAAUGUUUUUAGAUUCCAGAUGGAUCUGCACAGUGUAUGUUGUAUAUGUUGUCAUGUUCUUAACACAUAAUUAAUACAUAAGUCAAUUUGAGUCAUAUUGGACAUUUUUUAAAAAUUGUGGAAAAAAUGGGAUCUAUAACUUUUAUGUUGUCUUUCCUUUGACAGAAAAUAUUUUAGUAAAUAUAUGCCACAUUUAAGAAUAUGUUCAGCAUGAAGUGCACACCUUGCAAAUAAGACGCUGGAUGCUUCCAGACAAAGUGCUCAUACUGAUAUCAAUCAAAACACCUUAUGCCACUAUAUCAUCUUUUCUUCCUAAUUGGACUGGACCCCAACUACCAGCAUAAUUAAAUGUUCUUCCUCACUCCUCCCGCUGCCUCUUGAGGCCUCUGAACCACCCAAAGACCGACCCAGGGGAUCAGUCUUUGGGUGUGGAUAGGGAACUGCAACAGGAGAGGAAUGAUCUCUCCCACAGAAUUACCAAUGGAAGACGUUCAAUCAGCAGAAGUGCCUAGCUAGAUGCUGACCACUGUGUGUGUAUGUGUUUUAAUGGAAAGAAAAAAGAUGGAAGAAAAAGCAGCCAAACACAGGAGGAUUACAGAUAGAAGCCAGUAAUGACUGGAUCCCUUAUAAAAUUUUGUGAAUAAAGCAGUUCAAUUGCACAAUAAAAGAUAUAUGUCUGGAAGCAUCUAUUAACUGAAUAACUCUUGCUUGUGGUUUUUUAUUGUUUGACAUACUUUUCUAUCUACCGUACUUAUUUAUAGGCACAGGCCAGAAAUAGCAACAAUAUAAGGUACUUAGGAUAUAAGCUGAUGCCCAAAAAGUACUUCAGUGUAAUAGCUAUGCAGACAUUUUCAAAAUAAUAUUAAUACAGAAAUUAUAUUUGUAUAAAUCAACCUAAAUUUGACCCUCUGUGAAAGGACAUUUCUAGACCCUUUCAUAUUUAGCUAACUGUUCUUUGUUCUUACUAGACUAGACUGUGAAUGUAAUACUCUCUUCUGACUGAAUCUGUUGUAGCUGCAAAAUGAAAUGGGCAUGCAACAAUAUGAAUGGAACAUGUACCACAUUCCUAUUAGAAAUUUAUAUAAAUAUAUAAAAUAUAUUCCAUAAAAAUGCAUUUGCAGUAACAUAGCGAUGUAUAUACUAGACUCUGCAGUUUGAUUGGGUGCUUUGUAUUUCAAGAAAAUACAGAAACAGACACUCUGUGAACUAUAAAUGUAGCAUGCAUCUACUGGGAAUUAUUUGGUAUAAUACAAAGAAGCAUAAAUGCUUGUAUUCAUGUGCAUUUAUGGAAAAUCAUUAAUUCGCAAGGAUGUGACAAAUAUAGGAUCAAGAGAAGGCACUGGCUCUGAUCAAGCUGCAGUUGCAAGUAAAUGGAAAGAAGUCACUGCUGGGCUCAAUCUCCAUCAAUGCAUCAAAAGUCUCAAGAGUCCAUUAAGCAUAUCAGAAAUUCCAUGAUUUAAAAUCUUUAUCUUCUUAUAAAGUUCAAAAUAGUUAGGGUAGAGAUAUCCAAGCAGGGCUAUGGUACUAGAAGGUACUUAAUCUUUUGCAUCCAGAUUGGAUUAAUUCCCUCUAUGAAGGACUGCCUUCAACAGUUUGGAAACCAGUUGAUAUAAACUGCCAGGACCUUGUAGGGGGAAAAAACAUAUCAGUAAUUAUGCUGAUGACCAGUUCAUUUUGGUGUUAAGUUUCAGUUGCUUGACAUUUCAAGAUGUAAACCAAGGGUAAGCAACUUGUUUUGGUCUGCAGUUCCCAUCAGCCCCAACCCACAUGGCUCUACUUUGCCUACCCCUGUCCUGAACAGUUUGGGACUGGUAACUGAGAUGUCUCCCCUGUCUCCUAUGGUUUUUAAUAAUCUUUCCAGGUUCUAUUCGAAAGGCUUGAGAAAAUCAGAUCUACUCCAUGAGUACUCAGUAAGUACUUCCAGGGGAUAUCUGGCAGACCUCUUUUCUUUAUGCUUUUAAGUGUGCUUUGAAAACAUCUUUCUUUAAAAUAUGAGAAGGUGUUAUGAUUAUUGUUUGUGUUUGACCUGUUUGCUUGUUUUAAAAUGUACUUUUUCAUAUGUGAAUUUUACUAUUGAGUUUAAUGUUUCUACUGCUUUUAUUUGUACUUAUGUGUUUGUACUUAUAAGAUGCCUUGUUUAAAAAUAAACUAAAUGACAGGGUAUCAAUAUAUUAAUAAAUAUAUAAAAA